UCAUUUAGUUUGGCAUACACGGCUACGCUGCUCCACAUCACUAGACGAUAGGCACCGGCUCUCUCUCUCUCUCGCUCUCUGAGCUGCCCUGCUGCGUGAGAGUUGGGACUAUCUCUCAGAGUUCUAAUCUAUCAAACAUGGACAUAGGCAGUACGCGGUGUUGCCUUGACAAACAAGUGUUGUGGUUGUCGAGCAAAAAUUCAAGAAAAUUGGAUUGGAAAAACAUCCACCCACCUCCAUAUACUGUGGAUACUUGGAAAUUAAAGUUGGGCUUUCAGAGGUUGAUAAAUUCUCAAGUGUUCACCGGGGAGCAUUCCCUGAAUCAUGUCUUGUGGAGAAGAUAUUCAAUUCCCACUAGUUUGGAGGAAUCAUCAUCAGAACCACCAGAAGCUUAUGGUAGCAAUGAUGAACUUAAAGAUUCAGGGCAGGAGCUUCUUGCUCAACCUUUAAGAAGCAAUGAGUUGAAGUCCCUACUGGCUGAUUCUGAAAGAACAAAGCUCAUUACAAAACUAAGUGAAGCCAAUCAACAAAACCGAUUCCUCAAAAGACAGUUGCAUAUAAAGGAGGAUGAGUUGGUGAACUUCAAAAGUGAACUUGCUGUCUUGGAACUUGAAAUUCAGGCUUUGAUGAAAUUGGCAGAAGAAAACACAAAAUCUGUCAUUCCAGUUGGUUCAAGAAAGAUUAAUGGGAAAUACAUUCAAUCUCAUCUUCUUUCCCGUUUAGAAGCUGUACAUGAGAAGUUGACGGAACAAAUUAAGGAUGUUGAUGCUGCACAAUCAAAAGAGGUUUCCCUACUUUGGUGUGGUAUGGCUGAGAGUGUGCAAGUUAUGGGCACUUUUGAUGGUUGGAGUCAAGGAGAGCAUUUAUCCGCGGAGUAUGCAGGUUCUUUUACCACAUUCUCAACAACAUUAAUGCUGAGACCUGGAAGGUAUGAAAUCAAGUUCUUGGUGGAUGGAGAAUGGAAGCUUUCACCAGAAUUUCCUACAGUCGGUGAGGGUUUAAUGAGAAAUAACUUGUUAGUCGUGGAAUAGCUCGAGGUCUGUCUGUAAUUAUGCUUCUGAUGUACAGCAGUAAACCGUUAACUACCAUCCACAAAGAGUAGAGCAUUUUAACUAGAAUGUCCGGAAAACUGUACUCUUGAUAAUCUUUCAGAUCUGAUUAAAGAAUGAGAACGCAGUCCCGGCCUGUUUACAAGACUCGGGGCCUGUUUCGUAUGUCUGACAAUAGUGUACAAAUUUGAUCUGAAGGCAAUGUACUUUACUGUACUGAAUUGUAAUCUGAUGUGUUUGGUCUA